AUGUUGGAACUGAAAAAGGGUAAUGAUGUAGGAAGAAAAAGCAAGCUAAAGGGACUCUCACCAUAUUUAGAAGACGGCCUAAUCUUAGUUGGUGAACGAUUAGGAUACGCCCAAAUCCCUGAGCGCCAAAAGCACCCAAUAGUUUUGCCUAAUGGUCAUAGAGUAUCGAAGCUAAUUUUCGAGAGUAAACAUCGGGAACUUCUACAUUGUGGGCCACAGUCACUGCUGGCUGACAUCAGACGUGUAUACUGGCCAAUUAAGGGACGGAUUACAGCACGAUCAGUCAUAUCAAAGUGUGUAAGAUGUGCUAGGGCAAAGCCACAAUUUGUACAGCCGCUAAUGGGACAACUGCCACGGCAAAGAGUAAAUGUCUCACCACCGUUCGCCGUAACAGGUGUUGACUUUGCAGGACCAUUAAUUGUCCGAAGUGGAGUACGUCGAAUUGUCGGAACAAAGGCCUGGAUAUCACUAUUUGUCUGUUUCUCAACUAGAGCUAUUCAUCUAGAGGUAGUAGAGAAUCUAUCCAGUGGUGCUUUUGUAGCAGCACUUAAGGCGUUUCAUGGCACGAAGAGGACGUUGUCCAAGGAAGGUGUUGAAUGGCACUUCAACCCGCCCUCUGCCCCACAUUUUGGCGGCUUAUGGGAAAGUGCGGUCAAAGGUGCUAAACACCAUUUAACUCGUAUGCUUGGUGAAGCCAAGCUCACCAUAGGCGAGCUUAAUACUUUACUGUGCCAGAUCGAGGCAUGUUUAAACUCGCGACUGAUCACACCGAUGGGUCAUGAUCCUUCAGAGCCAGAAGCACUGACAACAGCUCACUUCUUAAUUGGAAGGCCCAUCACGUUAAUGCCUGAAGUAGACCUGACACAAGAAAAUCCAGGAGGCAUGCGCAGGUGGAAAUACGUACAACACUUAAGUCAAACAUUUUGGAAAAGAUGGCAUGCAGAAUAUUUACCACAAAUGCAAGUUCGAGGGAAAUGGAUAACAAAAAAGGGGCCACUGAAGAUUGAUGAUAUUGUUAUAAUAAAGGAAGAUCAUGUACCACCUACCAAAUGGAAGCUCGGCAGAGUCAUUAAGGUCCAUCCAGGAGUAGAUGGAGAAAUCCGAGUGGUUACAGUACGAAUUGGUUCAGGAACAGAAAUGAAAAGGCCAACGGUAAAACUAUGCCGACUCCCAACAGACAAAGACAUAAAUGUAGAUGAAAACGAAGAGUUAGUUGAAAAAUAA